AUGAUGAGCGCGUCUGACAGGAUAACCAACUGGAACAGUGAUAUCAAACUCCUGUCAAAACCUGUCGUAUGCGAGGAGGGGGGUAUUGUUGAGGGGGGUCGGUACGGGGUGGUUGGAGACAGGUAUUCCCCUAUCGAGCGGUACGUCCCACCAGGACCGAGGUACGAGAGGUACAAUGGACCUGUACCUGCUCGAUACGUCGACCCGUACACGAGGAGGGACCUGUUCCAACCUCCCGUACCCCCGCCUCCACGUUAUCUCAGACCCCUUCAUAGGUACACUCCUCGCCCCACAAGGAUCGAGUACCGUACGCAUGUCGAGUACCUCGGCUCCUCAGGAGGAAGAUCCGUGCAGACAGACUUUUCAACAGAGUCGGGCUGCGUGGAGUUUGACCAAGAAAACAAUAGCGAUGACCUCUUUCGGGCUACCUUGUACAUCAACACCCCUCGGACUCCUAGAGAACGAGAAUAUUCUCGAACACCGCCGCUGGGGCGCGGAGGAGGGGGCGGCGAUAGCGGAGAGAGGAGACUUGGUGACGGUGUUCCUCUUUCUGCAUCUCCGGCCCCUCUCAGCCUUUGCUGUAGCAGUCGAAGGUCUCUUCCGCCCCAGCCGACCCAGCAGCCAGUUAACAGCCACCACCUUCAACAUCCUCCUACGAUAUGGAGGCCUGUAUCGCAAGCACCGUCACCACCUUCACCAUCACCAUCGCCUCCAUCGCAAACAACAACAUCCACACCGCCAAGUGUUCUAGACUCGGGAGUGUACAGCAGAUCCGGACCCAGUAGCGAAGCGCCUUCGACAUGUUCGUCUGGGAUGGGGAGCACGAGCGGCGCGGUGCUGCCGACGGCCCAGGUACAGGGUGCCACGUCCUCACCAGGAGGCCAAGCGGUCCCGCAGACGUUGACCUUGAUCUCCAGGAGACACAGCGAUGAGACCGGUUCUGCCCCUGAACAAACACCACAUCGAAGGGUCAUCCUGCAGCAGCAACAGUCGGUUCCAGUCACCCAGGCCGAAGUGGCCAACAAUCAACAAAGGGUGUUCCACAGAUCUAACAGCCGAUCUGAUAUCAUAAAGCAGAAGCUGAAAAAAAAUGCGGCGAUGUUUUUCGGCGUCGACGAAGCGACGGAAGAGAAGGAAAAGAACAUCUGGAUGGGAAGACGAAAAAGGAUGGCAAGUAGGAGAUACGGAGAGCUGAAACCUGAAUAUCGCGAAGCUACGGGACCAUGUGCGGAUCAGCGACAAGCUACGACACAAAAUCUUAAGCCAGAUAUCAUCCUUCCUGCGGGUGGACGAGAAGAGACCGACAGUUCUUCGAGGUGGCAAGCGGCGGCGGCGAAACGGCAAAAACCUUCUGUGGCUAGUAUGACGUUCAAAGGAGUUGCUUUCAUAGUAAACGCGUUAAAUAAGCAUAGAUCGAGGGAUUCGGUUUCGCAAGGACGGAGAUCAACGAGAAGUUACUCGCCAUCGACAUUCGGAGGAGCGACCCCGCAAUUGUCAACGUCGUCGCCAAUAGAUGAUGACGAGGUGUUUUUCGACCGGGCAUCUCCGUUGGCCACGACGACCGUCGCGGCACCUCCACCCGCGGAUUUUGUCGACAGCACGACGGAAACGUUACCGGUUACGCUGGAUACGACGUCGAGGAUGAGAGAGAGCAGUUGUUCAAUAGGGGAAACGUCGCCGUCGAGCAGGCUAUGGGACAGAUUUAAAUUCAGAAUACAUUCGGCUCUGGGCGUAAGCCCAAAUAACGUCACCGAUGACAUUUUGAGCGAUUCAAAAGCGAUGGCUUCCAGUCCCAAGAGUAGAUUUAGUUUUGAUGUUAAAGAUUUGAAUUGUCUUCGAGACGUUUUAGAAGAGACCGAUGUUUUCCAAGAAUACGAAAAUGGUGCAGACACGAAGUAUGAAUUAUUCACACUGAAUGAAGACGUCGACCCGAGCCUGAAAAUACAACGAGAGGAUUUCGAUCGAUCAAUAUCAAUAAAUCAUGUCAAAAGUUUGUCUCAACUCAGAAACUUGUCUUUGCAUGGGUCUUGGAAGAGGGCAGCAGGAGAUGCCAAAAGGGAAGGGUCUGGGAGCCAAAUAGGACUUGGGAGGAUAUCGGGGAUAGAACUUGACAGAGCGCACGACAACUCUGAUAGGAGACAAUUCGGCCAAGGAAUUAUCCACCGAGUGUUUGGAAGAUCUUUGAAAAGGUCUGUUAUGAAUCGAGAGCCUGUGAAGGAAGUUUUAGAAGACCUCGAAGACCAUAGGCCAUUCUUUACCUACUGGCUUUCGACUGUUCAAAUAUUAAUUCUAGUUAUUUCACUUGUGUCUUAUGGUUUUGGACCUUUUGGAAUGGACCUUAACCACCAAUCGGGUCUUGUUUUAGUUACAAGCCUUUCACUACAGCAGGUUGAAUAUACAGAGCCGGCCAAUUUUUGGCUUGGUCCUAGAGCAGCUGAUCUGAUUUACCUUGGAGCGAAAUUUGCCCCUUGUAUGAGAAGGGAUGCGAAAAUCAUGAAAGAAAUCGAUAAAGGUAGAGAAAGAGAACGGGAAACUGCUUGUUGUAUAAGAAACGAUGAUUCAGGAUGUGUUCAGUCAUCAAAAAAUGAAUGCUCUGUCUCCACUCGGAGUCAUGUGGCAAGAGGUGUUGGUAAGGAAACGAUAUCAACAUUUAAAAAGUGGGGCCAUUCAGAAGCAGUACCAGGAGGCAGGAUAUCAGGAUCAGUCUGUGGACUUGAUCCCAAAUAUUGUGAAGCACCGGCAUCCAUAGCACCUUACGAAUGGCCAGACGACAUAACAAAAUGGCCGAUUUGCCGAAAAACAUCUUCUCCUCUGCAAAGGGCAAGAGCAAAAGACAGGCUAGCGGCAGAGCAUAUGAUAUGCGACGUUAUUGGACACCCAUGUUGUAUAGGCAUCCAUGCGACUUGUAGAAUCACGACGAAAGAGUAUUGCGAUUUUGUACACGGACAUUUUCAUGAAGAAGCCUCUCUUUGCUCUCAGGUAUCGUGCCUUGACAAUGUUUGUGGGAUGCUACCAUUCAUGAACUCUGAAGUGCCUGAUCAAUUUUACAGGCUCAUUACCUCAAUAUUCUUACAUGCUGGUGUGAUACAACUAGCUAUAUCUCUUUGCAUCCAGUGGUUCCUGAUGAGAGAUUUGGAAAAGCUUACAGGGACUGCAAGAAUAAUAAUUAUUUACAUUGGAUCGGGUGUUGCUGGAAACCUUGCUAGCGCCAUAUUUGUGCCGUAUAGGGCAGAUGUGGGUCCAGCAGGGUCGCAAUCAGGACUUUUAGCCUGCCUCAUUGUGGAAAUCCUCAACAUGUGGCCAAUGCUGAAACACCCUUAUUGUGCCCUCUUUAAGCACUUAACAAUAGCACUUAUUCUUUUUAUUAUUGGUCUUCUCCCGUGGUUUGACAAUUUUUCAUCAUUUUUUGGGUUUAUUUUUGGCUUCCUUCUUUCAUAUGCUAUCCUUCCUUUUGUUUCAUUGGGAGAAUAUGACAGACAGAAGAAAAUCUUUUUAAUAUGGGUUUGUCUCAUCACAACUGUUUUUCUUUUCCUACUUCUAGUCCUCUUUUUCUAUGUGAUACCAGUCUACGAUUGUGAGAUCUGUGGCUAUUUCAACUGCCUACCACUCACCAGAGACUUUUGUUCUUCGCAGAACAUAAAUUUUAAAAGAUCAGCCGAUGCAGUAUGACACAAGGAACCUAGGCGGAGGAAUAAAUCUUCUGGAGUAGACAAAUUUGUCCCUGCAAAAUACUUCAGAUUCCUUCACGCCGUAUGAACUGUGAUGAAAAAUAUAUUUAAAAAAGAAAUUAUUGAAAUAUAAAACAGACACAUACCUAAAAGUGAAAGUGGUGUUUUUUAAAUGUACAACUUGUAAGAUAUAUAAAUAUAUAAAAUAUGAAUAUAUACACUUUUUUUAGGCUAAGGCAUGGCAUUUUUUUCAAAUGGGGGCAAAAGUGGAGGAUUUGUUGACAAAAAUGGUCUUUCAAAAAAAUAUAAAAAUAAAAGAGAGAGAGGAAAAUUAUUAUUAAAGAAACAGUCUUAUACAAAUAUCGACAUUCCAAUUUUUAUUUCCCCAGGGAAAAUGCGGUGUUUUUAUCCCUACUUAUAAGACUGGCAGUUUGAGACUUGUAAAUACACCCAGAAAAUAUAUAUAUAAUUAUAUAUAAAUAUACAAAGCCAAAAUGACAUUAAAUGGAAUAAUAGUAGUGAAAGGGGUCGUUUGUACAUCCAAAUCGGUUAAAAGAACGACUGUAGUUGUCAAAAUGUUUGUAUAUAUAAAUAGGAUCAUAUUGGGAAAGCAUCAUCAGUGUAAUGUAUCCUCCCCUUUGGGAACUCUUCAUCCAAUGAAUAAAAAAUAUUUAUGUGUGUACACACACAUACACAAAUACACACGUACACAAAUUAUAUAUAAACAACAAAAUUUGUUCUAUAGUGUUUUCUCAUCAUGAAAGGCUUGGGACAUCUACAUUAUAAAAAUCGGUGUACAAGGUAUAUCAAUGGUUUCUGGAUUGAUGGGAUGUGUGGUUAGUUUUUUUUUUUUAAUUAUUUGUUUCUUUUUAAUUACAGGUCAAGUUUUUACAUUUAAAAAUUUUGUUUUACUUUCUUUUUAAUCACAUUCUGUCAACUUUGAUUUUUGUUGACUCCCCUCUCGUACUAGUCAGCCUAAAAAUGAAUAAGCCUUUAAAAGGAAGCACUCAAACUUCAUAAACAAAUGAUAAAUCUGUAAAUACAAGCCCCAAGAUGUCAUUAUGUUUAUAUGAGUAUCUCCUUAGCUUUUACAAUCAGGAAAAAAUAUUGCCUAUUAGUAUUACUUUGUGUAACUCUCUUUUUGCAAUAUAUGUCAAUAUUAUUAUUACUAUAAAUGUUUUAUAUGACAUCGUUGUAAGUUAUUUUACUCUGCUUUUGGUGUUUGAUUUUUCGCCCCAAGUAUUUAAUCAACACAGAUUAACCAUCAGCCAAUUAUGUUAUAAUGCUAUAAUUAUGAGUUGCCCAAAUGUUUCGUUUUACUUGUUUGCAUACAGCAUAUCUCAAAAAUAAAUAAAAGUGAAGUAGAAAUUGUUUUAUUUUAAAGCAUAUAUUAAAAAAAGUUAUAUACGGGAUGUCUGAUAUUUUAAUUUUGUGUCUAAUGGUUAACUGAUUCAUUUUUUCAAAUUACCUUUAUAAGGAUAUGGCUGAUUAUACCUAAUUGCAUAUUUAAGAAAAUUAAAUUCUUAUUUAUUAAUUUUAAAAAAAUUGGCUAUAUUGGAAGUGUCGUAUAUUCAUUGUAGUUUGUACAUAUUAUAUUCAUUACCAUUUUUACCCCUGUUGCAUGUAUAUAUAAGUGGGUACAUUGAUUGCAACAACUUUAUUUUUGGUUGUGUAACAAUUGCUCAAAUUAUACAAAUAAAAAUAAAAAUGUUACUGUUUUGUAAUGAUGUACACGUGGUUGUUUUUGUUAGUUUGUCAAAUGUUUUUGUAUAUUAUGUAUGUUAUCUGUUAUGCAAAACUGUUUUGUUUUCCUAUUUAAUUAUUACAUUGAAUGGUAAAUGUGUUUAUCAUAGAAGUGCUAAAUGUUACAGAUUUGUGUUAAUAUAUUCUUAUAUGGCAAUUGGAUAUCGUAUUAUUGUGCUGACGAAUUGUUGCAAUCAAUGGCAAUUAUAUGCACAGUUUCAUUUUUGUAGUAUUGAUAUGGAGUUGGUGACAGUCAUCAAAAUGGAAGGUAUUGUGUGUUACAAUUAUUAAUGCUGGCCUAUGUUGUAUAAAUGAAAAAAAUAUUGUCUCGACGAAAUGUAGCAAUUUUAAUCGUCUUUUAAAAAAAACCAACAAAAAAAACAAAAAAACAUAAUAAACUAAAAAAACACCUAUAAUGUAUAAACAUUUUGUUUAAUUUGUAACAUCUAUCGAAAGACCAAAGCCUUAUUAUUGAAAUAUAUCCAUUGUAACUUAAUGCAACAGUAGUAUAUAUUUACUUCCUUUGCCCUAAACUCCCCUAAUCCCUUUUUAAAGAUUACAAACUGAAACAGGAUGUAAAGAUAAUCUAUCAACUGUUAAUACAAUUUCUUGGCUCUGGUGUUGGCGGUUGGUGGUAGGAGACCUGAUUCAGUGAUAUGCCAUCAUCAGAUUAUGCGAGACCAAAAGAAACAGAUAUG